AUGACGAUGACAGGGUUUUUACAUUUAUGCGACCAAAUUUUGAUUGCAUCAUCGCCAUAUUCACCGUAUGAUCCAUCAAAGAAGCCGCUCAGUACUUUGCUCAAUGAAAUGACAUAUUAUGUCGCUUCGACACUUCGAAUAGACAAUGAAGAUGAAUGUAUCAUUCAUGGCCUUCAAAUACUUCUUUUGAGUGAUGUUGAACGUGUCCGAGCAGCAUCAUUACGUGCCCUUCGGUAUUCAAUUCAUCGUGCCACUAUUUUUGAUAAAUUUCUUGAAUGUCGUCUUGAUUAUCUCGUUUGCCGAUCUCUUACAAUCGAUCUGAGAAAUGCCCGUGAACGUCUCGAAGCCUAUAAAUUCAUUCGCCGGUUAUUUGUUCUCUAUUCUCAACGUAUACCUCAUUCAUUAGUCUACGUCCUGAAUGCAAUUGUUUCAUCAAGUAGUACAACACCGGCAUCUCGAACAGCAAACACAACGCCAAUAGUAAGAUCAGAUCAAAUGGUCAAAUGUUGUUUAGAAUUGUUGUGUGAGAUAGCCUUACAAAAUCCACAUGUUUUACAUGCGUGUCACGCGAUAAAUACAAUGUUGAAAUAUAUUAUCGAUCUUGACCAAGAUGAACUGCGCGAGAGCGUUCUGUAUGCUUUGUUGCAUGCAGUAGAUCGGUUUACUAUUAAUGACAAUAGCGAACCAACAAUUCUCGAUGCGGUUGACCCAAACGGUCCGGCUUGGGUCUUAGUUGACGAAGGAAUGCGCGAACGACAUGAACUUAUUGGAAAUAUGUUUAGUCAACUAGUUGCUAUCUUUUCGCUAUGCGAAAAAGGAGCUUUGAAAGCAAGUGAACGUCGCGCGAUGACACCCGCUGCGAUUGAUAGUUUACUUAUCAAAGAACCAGAUAAAAUCAAAACAUUAAAAUCAUGUGCAUCAGCUUUAAGUACAAUUUUACAUAGUUGGAUUGGUAAAGAUUUCCUAAGAGAAACAGUCGAGAUUGAUUUUGUGUUCAUUGAAGGUUUUACGGCGUUUUGUCAAACAAGAAAUUCUUCAAUUCGUUUACUGGUCAAUUGUCUACUUGUUCAAUCUGAAGCAAUGAAAAUCAUAAUUUUGGAUCUGUUCUAUGAUCUACUCAAUCUCGAUGUACCAACUAUGUGUGAUAACUAUGAAACAGCGUUAAGAUCAAUGUAUCAAAUUUGGAAUUUGACAACCGUGGAAGAAGGUUACACUUAUGUCGCCAGUGAAGGAGCGGCCAAGUUGCCUCGUUUAUCUUCGACAAGACCAAACUUGCUUGAUAGCCAUAUGGCAUUAAUGCUUCUCACUUUUAUUGAUGCUGGCUUUAUCGAGGCGAUUAGCGAACUAGCUUCAAGUGAUAACACAUUGCUAGCAACUCGGGCGACACUUCUUCUAGCAAAUUUCAUCUGGCUGUGUAAUGAGCAUUUGCCGGAGGAGCAAAGUUUUCUUCUCUUGCCCUUGCUAAUGGAUAUCGCCAUUGCUGAUGAUGACAGUAUCAAACGAAGUUUUGCUAAGGAAGCCAUGUUGAAUAUCAAUGCAUUUUUCGAAUUUAAACAACGAACUCGGCAUGUCCAUUCAUUUCAGUUAGCCCAAUUGAUCUAUCAUGCGCAGCAUCUCAAUGAUUACUAUACCUUACCCCAAACAAUUGCUCCAGAGCCCACUCGUCGAAUAUCGAUUCCAUCAAUUGACGAUCCGCCAUCUUUCUUGAAAUGGUCAUUCUCAACACCAUUUCGAACGUUAAAUUUGAUCGCCGAGAAAAUCGAUGGCAGUAUUCGAGAAACGAAUACAUUACAAAUCGAUAACUACAGAAAAUGGAAUUGGGAUUUGAUAUUAGCUUUAUUAAAAGAUUUUUCGAAGCAAGCAAAUCAGGUGCAAGGUGAUCUGUACGAAUUAUUUUUGGAUAAAUUAUGUGAUUUUUUCAAACCAGAGCAGAACAAUGGCUUUAAUGAUAUCGCUUUGAUAGAUUCGCUUUCGGAUGUUACAUGUCGAGCUUUAUUAGCGUUCUCCGACCUUCUUGUCUAUCCACCACAAGCAGCGUCUAAUCAUAUUCGAGCUACUGCAAGCAACGUCGCUCGAACACUUUUAACUAGUGUUAGCGAAGCAUUACAACAGUCAAUCAACGCAAUGAAAGAAGGCACGGUUCGAGCUACAAUAACUGAGCAUGAUUUGCUAUCGAAAAAUAGUGUGUAUUACUAUUUAUUUCUUGGCCGUUUGAGUAAAUCAUCAGUCGGGACGCAAGCUAUGAUUGAAAGUGAUAUCUUUAUUCGUCUUUCGGAAAUGUUAAAAAUGGACGAUGAAUUUGCUACAUCCGCUAUUGUUGCUUUGUCGUCAUUUAACUAUUACUACGACACUCCAUGUCGAACAUAUCUAUCUCAAGCUUUAAAAUCAUCCUGCACGGCCCUUCGUUUGUACAGUACCAGUCUCCUUCGUGUAAUUCUUCGUUCCAAUCCGGUGGCAUUUAGCAGCUGGGGUUUAACUCUUGUUGUUUCUCAGCUGCAUGACACAAAUCAACUGGUAAUAAUCGAAUCAGCUUCGAUUCUUGACGAAGCACUUGAAGAUCGAAGACUAGUCAAUAUCUUUUACAAACAAUGGCACACCUUCUCUCUUCUGAAGAAUACGAAUUCUUUUCUUUCGACAGUUUAUCAUCUAACAGUUGCGCGUUUGAGUUCAAUUCCAUUUCAUCAAGUUCAACACGAUGAAAAACAUAUUUCAAUGAUCCGGGAAGAGCUUGCCUAUUGGGAUUCGACUUUCAAUGCCCAAUAUGUUUAUCACAUGGAAACGAGACUAUUCGCCGCGUAUUCGGAUGGUCAGUUGUUAAGUGAUGAUUACUUCGAACGACGCAAAUCAUUAUCGGCAAAUAGAACAAAAAAGAAAAAAUUAAGUGCACACGUUUUAACACAUAUUUAUCGUCAAUUGUGCCUUCACUACGAUGGGUUCAACUUAUUACGUACAGAGUCACGUUUAGAACAAUAUGCGUCCGAGUUAAAACAACAUCGAACAAAUUGUAUCAAUGUACAGGAAACGAAAAUCAUUAAAGAAGCGCUAUGGGCAUUGGCUCAUACAGCGAGCACAGAUCUUGGGUGUUCAUGGCUGAUGGAAAAGGAUCUGUUACCGGACAUUUUAAGAUUUGCUGAAGAAUGUCAAAACUUGUCGGUUCGAGGUACGGCAUUCUACGCACUUAGCUUAAUAGCACAAACACCAGAUGGUGCUAUGUCAUUGAAAGAUUUCGGUUGGGAAACAUAUCGUGUACGAUCGCACUCGAUUCCGCCAACUUUAGCAAACACUGAUACCUAUCAGAAUUCAGAACGACGAAUUUCUCGAGGUGUAAUCACAGGUUCCUCUGUAUAUAAAAAUGUUUCAGUGCAAAUCACUCCACCAACGUCAUCACCAGCUAUUUCUGACUCAGCGGAUCAUCCAGUAAAACCGCUUACGAAUGAAUUGACGUAUGGAGAGACGAUACCAUUGUUUCGAUGUCAUGUUCACAAAGAUUCAACUUCAACUGAUGUGAAAUCCAAGCGAUCAUUAACUUUGCCUUCAACGAUUUCGACAAAUACAAAUGAUAAACUCGAAGUUCGACAUAGUAAUCACGGUAAUUCAAUUUUCUCUAUCAAAAUUUCGACUCUCUUCUUUUACUCGAUAGUCAUCAUCACUGAAGAUAGUGGUCCACCAACUCCAACGAAUAAAACAGCAACAGUAACAUUUCCUGACUGUCUCGAACCUGGCGGUGCACCGUUAUUGGUCAGUGUUCCCAUACGUCGUUGUUCAAGCAUAUCAAAAGAACUAACGAACACCGCUGUGUAUCGUGAUUCCGGUAUCGCAAGUGGUGCGACAGGUUCAUUUUCUGACGUUGAAUAUUCUCGUUCACCAACUUAUGGAAAUUACGCACCUCAUUCUCAAUCUCAAUCAGCAGCUGUUCAAUCAGCAACAGAUAGUUUACCAUUGGAACGAUUUCGUCCUCGAUCGAAAUCCGCCCAUCAGUCCAGUGCAUUGCGACAAUCAAAACAAUUACAAAAAGUUCCCGAAGUUAUUCAAGCGCUACGUGCGCCGACCGCCGGUCAUGGUGCAGCAUCGGAACCAUCACAAACAGAUGAAUUGUAUCGAUCACGUUUAUUACGUUGUAAUUUCCUUCUUAAACCCGAUGCAGCUGGUUACGAAUACGCACGACGUGUACAGAAAACCAGUCAUGCGAUCUAUUCACAUUUAGUAAAUAGUACUACAAAUGAAUCUCAUAUAGAGGAAAUAUCCAUCAAAGGAAAAAAUGAUGAUCUUGUUCUUCCGUUUCAUUGCUGCACAUCGAUAUUGUACAAGAAGAUUUAUGAAUCACAUGAUUCACGUGAUCUUCAGAUCGAUAAAUUCAUGACCAAGGAUGGUAAAUAUGCUUCGGAACAACGUGAUUUGGACGAUGCAGAUGAGGAUGAUAAUACAGUCUAUCGUGGUUUAGCUGUUCCUGUUGAUAUUCGGCAAGUUGUAGAAAUUUCCGAUGGUUACAAUUUAAACUACGAAACCUGGUCGGAUCUUGUCCGUUCACGUUCACGUGGAAAUACAAAUGCCGAUCAAGCACGUACACGAAGUGCGACUGGUGCUUCUUCUAGUUCUGGAGAAUUCACUCCGUCGUCACCCGCCAUUGUUCAACAAGAUCAAACAGUCCCAACACCCGUACCCAUACCAGCAAAUCAAACAACAGUAUCAUUGAAUAUCUGUAUGAUGUGUGCCAAUAAUCCAACAAAUUCUACACCACAUGAAAAUCCUCAUAUAACUAUGCAAACAGAUUUUGUCGAUGUCAAAUCCUUAGCCAGUCGUCUUAUCGCUGCAAUUCAUUCAGAAGAAGUCGAAAAGAAGCUUCUAAGUUGGAAAGAAAGUCGUCCGCAAAUAUUCGAUAAUAUUUGUUUGUAUUCCGAGAUCUGCUAUAUUUUAACCAUGAGUACUGUACGUAUUCCUGCGCAACGUUUUCUUCAUGAUCUGUUUUCUGAUUGUCAAUUUCAAAAACUUCGUAAACAUCGUCGUCAUGUCGAUGUUCUUAUCGAAGAAGAUGAUGAAGAUGAAAUCGACACCAGUACAAGUUCAUAG